AUGUCUGGUCAGCUACCGGUAAGUCCAAAGUAUUAUGGGGCCGCUUGUUUCUAUCAUUGGAAUCCGAGAGUUAAUAGUACGGUUGACUUUUUGUCAACCAAUGGAAAACCUCUUCUUGAUUUUCCUCAACUAACAACAUCAAAAGUUGUUGAAAUUGCUGGUUUAGGCACAGUGGUCCCAAAACCACUUGAUAAGUAUGAGUCUGACGAUCUCGACAUAAGCAACUAUAAAAAUGUUAUUCUCAGCAAGUGGACCCCUCAGAAUGAUUUAUUAAACGAUCCACAAAUGAUCGCGUUUGUAACUCACGCGGGUAUGAACAGCGUUUUUGAAUCGUUAAGCAGAGACGUACCAAUGAUAACGGUUCCAUUGUUUGCUGAACAAAGGCGUAACGCAGCGAUGGUAAGACGAGCCUACGUUGGGACAACAAUUUCGAUUGAUCACUUUGUUAACCCUGAGAAGUUUGCGGCGUCACUGUUAACAGUUCCCAAUAAUACAAGAGCAGUAACAAUUAUUCGUGAGCUCUACGCUGGUUAA